CGAACGACGAAUAAAUAACAGUUGAUUCGUGGGAAUAACACACUAUGUACGGCACUACUAGACUUCCCAUACAUGCAUCAUGGGCGCAGAUUGGCCCAGAUAACUCUGGGUCGCGACCCUUCGCUUGGUUGGCUUGGCAAGCGGAGAAGACACGACGACCGCCGCCUUCUUGGACACUUGCUUUUGGUCUGCCAACACACAUGCGCGACAGAGGUUCUCGGGCUCGCCGAGACCGGGGGGGGGGCGAGUCACGGACAAGUUGCACGGACCGCACACCAUGUCGGCGCAACCGGCGCAUUCGUAUCGGAUGGCGCCGAGGGUGUCGUGGCAGCACGCACAAAAGUCGUCGCAGUCUGCCACGUCAUCGUUCGACGACGGAAUGUUCAGACCGAGAGACAGGUUGAGCAGCCGAUCGUCGGCGUCGAGGUCGUCCGUGCCGCUAUCGCUGCCACACGAGUCGUUGCUACUGCCACCCCUCGGCGGCACAACAUCCGGGCUUUGUUUGAAGUACAUGGCAUCGGCGAUGGCGUCGACGAUGGACGACGGCGCGCGCGGGCGGCGCCGAGGGGUGUCCACAGCGUCGGGGACGGACGGCGUCGAUGGAGACAACGGGUCUUUGUGGACACAGGCCAUGCAUAUGCGCACGGACGCGACGCGGGUGUCGUUGUCGAUCGAAGGCAGCACAAUGUCCACCUUGGGCGCACACGUGUCGCAUGCGACCUCCCCGCAGAGGCGGCAGUGGUGGCGGCGCUUGUGCACACGGAACUUGGUCACGCAAAUAUGGCACGUCUGACGGAUGCCGUCGCGAACCCACGCGGAUGGCUCCGCUCGAUCGCGGAACGACCGGCUCACGCGGCGAGACACGACCGUGUCCUCGAGCUUGAGCAGGCCCAACGCGAGGCGCUGGUACCGCGACCGCCGUGGCAGGUUGAUGAGGCCGGCUUCGACGAAUGACAUGGCGCAUUGCACAUCGACGCCGGUGCCGUCGGGGGAUUCACGGGCCAUGUACCCUCGAGGAGCGAUGGGCUUGUCCUUGCUGGCGGCGUCCACCGCAUCGGGCAGACUUUGAAUCACCCGGACAUACAUGUCGGUCGCUGCCGUGCCUCGUUUCACCCAGUCGGGCGACACGACGGUGGAGAAGUCCACGAACGACGUCUGGAAGCGGGACUUAAGCAUGUUGUUUCGGUCCGCCACCAUGGAUUUCACACUCAGGAACGAGCCCGAGUCGGUCUUUCGCCGCCCAAGGUCUUCGUACUCGACGACCUUGCUGCCAAAGAAGAAGUGCGCAGUAUCCUGCAUGUUGUUAUUGCUGUCGUUCAUUAGGAUUGGAAGCACUUCACUGAGGUGGGCGGCGGGAACGUGCAUGGCUGCUCGGACAAUGUACAAAGUCGAGUCGCUGCCCUUCGACCGGAGCACGCGCUCGUCGAGCUGGAGUCGUAACCGGCCGGACGCGGGGUGCAUCUGCUGGGACACUAGGGAGUAUUCGGUGGCGUCGCCAAAGCAGAACAGUGCCAAUGACGAGCGCGCGUCGGCUUCCAAGUCGUCUACCGCAGUGGAUGCUGGCAUAUAUGAUUUUCCUGUUUUAACUGGUU